AUGGAAGAAAAGGACGCAUAUGGAGAAACUCCACUUCAUGCUGCCGUCAAAGCUCAUUUGGAUGAUGUUUCAAAAGCUCUUAUUUCUCAUGGAGCUGAUGUCAAUGCGAAAGAUAAAUUUGGUUAUGAUAUUCUUUAUUAUGCCACAAUGUCAUUGAAUACAGAAUUGGUGAGGCUUCUUAUUCCACAAGGAUCUAAUAUUAAAUCUAAAUCAGAUUCUGGUCGAACUUCACUCCAUUAUGCAGCAGAAAAGAAUUGCCUAGAAAUUGCAAAACUUCUUAUUGAGAAUGGUUCAGAUUUCAACGAGAAAGAUAAAUACGGUAAUACUCCUCUACAAAUUGCAUUAUAUCUCAAUAACAAAGAAACAGCAGAAUUUUUGAUGUCAAUUUCCGCAAAAUAA